AUGGAUAGAUUCACAUAUCCCAAAAGUCCCUUUGCGGACAACCAGUCAGGCACGUCGGCGUCGUCUAUUAGCGAUACUGCUAGUGAAAUGUCAUUUGACACGGGUCUCAAGUCUCCCACCAUCAAUAUCGUGCCCCAGUUUGCCACCACACGCAAGCCGUCGCUUCGAUUCGAUCUAACGUCGCCCAAAGAUGCCAGAUCGCCGUUCUCCGACCAGUCAAGCCUGAUUCCCGGCACACCGCUCCACGAAAUGUACCCUCCUGAAGAGGUCCCUACUGCCAUGAAGAGAAUGCGUUGGGGAACCACACGAACGAAGACUGGUCGGCCUAAGAAGGCACCGGUCAACAGGUCCAAGACAUUCAAAAAAAUCUUGCGUGCUGGAACAAUUCUGAAAAAACAGAAAUCGCAAGAUGACGAGUACGGUCCAGACGAUUCAUUGGAUAUCAUUGAUGACUACGCCUCGGACCAUGAAGCAGACACUGAAAAGCGCGAUCCACGCGAUCGGAAACAUGAAAAUCGUAUCAUAACCUUCAACAGAACGCUUCCUAGUGAAUUGGUGGACCCUGAAACUGGCUUACCCAUCAACGUGUAUCCACGCAAUAAGAUCAGAACGGCAAAGUACACGGCACUCACAUUUUUGCCCAAGAACUUGUUUAACUCGUUCCGCACAGACAUUGCUAACAAUUAUUUUCUCUUUCUUAUCAUUUUGGGAUGUUUCUCCAUUUUUGGAGUGGCGUCGCCCAUUCUUGCGGCUGUCCCGCUUAUCGUCAUUAUUGCAUUAUCAGCCAUCAAGGAGUCCAUUGAAGAUUCCCGAAGAACAGCGCUGGAUAUGGAGGUCAACAAUCAGCCCACGCAUAUUCUCUCGCAGGUUAGAGAAGUUGAAGGUUACACGUAUGAGAACCGUAAUGUGAGCGAUGAGAGUGUGUCACUCUGGAGAUUAUUCAAGAAAUGGAAUACUAAAAUGCUCUUCAAAACACUAGCUGCAUUGAAGGCUAACCUCACGAAGGAUGGUCGUGCCAAAAAGGCACGGGAAUUGCAUAAUCAAGAGAACCAGGAAAUUAAUAGAAACAGCUUUGAUAGCUCCGUGGGCCACAACCACAUGAUGAGUGUGGCCAAUAACAGGCAUUCCAUGAUGAGCGGUAUUUCAAUGGCCAUUCCAAGCAAGCAUGCUAGAGUUUCACAUAUGGACGAUCGAGUCCUCGCAUUCUCCAAGAAAUGUUGGAAAGAAGUGAAAGUGGGAGAUAUUGUCCGUGUUCAGAAUAAUGAAGAAGUCCCUGCGGAUAUUAUGAUUCUUUCCUCGAGCGAUGAAGACAAUUGUUGCUUCGUUGAGACAAAGAACUUAGAUGGAGAGACAAACUUGAAGGUGAAACAGGCGCUUAAGUUUAGUACAGAAAAGCACAAGCUAAAACGUGCCAAUGACUUCGUGAAUUUGGAUUUUGAGGUAGACAGUGAGGGCCCUCAUCCAAAUUUGUAUGCAUACGAGGGUUGUGUUUCAUACAAUGAGAAUGGGAUGGUGAAGAAAGAAAGUACAACGGUCAACAAUCUUAUUUUGCGUGGAUGCUCCCUUCGAAACACUAAAUGGAUCAUUGGAAUGGUGAUCUUUACAGGUUCAGACUCGAAGAUCAUUCUUAAUUCUGGCAUCACCCCUACAAAGAAGUCUAGGAUCUCAAGGGGCCUCAACUAUUAUGUCAUCAUCAACUUUGUUAUCUUGUUCCUUUUAUGUUUCGUUUCAGGUUUGGUGAAUGGUAUCUACUAUAAUACUAGUGGAGUUUCUCGAGAUUUCUUCGAGUUUGGAUCCCCAGCGGGCACGCCUGUUUUGAACGGUAUCGUCACAUUCUUUGUUGCCGUUAUAUUGUACCAAGCCUUGGUGCCUAUUUCGCUUUACAUCACCAUUGAAAUCAUCAAGUCAAUUCAAGCCUAUUUUAUUUACUGUGAUGUGGGGUUGUACUACGACAAGUUGGAUUUCCCAUGCAACCCCAGAUCGUGGAGUAUUUCUGAUGAUUUGGGCCAAGUGGAAUACAUUUUCAGUGACAAAACUGGAACUUUGACCCAGAACCUCAUGGAGUUCCGUAAAUGUACUAUCAAUGGAAUUUCAUAUGGAAGAGCGUAUACGGAGGCCUUAGCAGGUCUUCGGAAACGUCAAGGCGCAAAUGUUGAAGAAGAGAGCCGUAUUGAAAAGGCCGCAAUUGCAUUAGAUAAAGAGGCCAUGCUCAAGACGUUGAGACAGCACUGCAAGAACGUUUAUGAUGAGGAGCUCACAUUUGUCUCCAAGAAGCUCGCAGAUGACUUGAAUGGAUCUGCUGGAAAACUUCAAAAGGAAAAAAAUGAAGAGUUCUUACUCAGUCUUGCAUUAUGUCAUUCUGUCUUGGCAGAGGAAGAUCCAUCCGACUCUCUGAAGUUAAUAUUGAAGGCUCAAUCUCCAGAUGAGGCAGCAUUGGUUGGCACAGCACGUUCUUUGGGAUUUGUUUUUAACGGAAAGACGAAGAGAGGAUUCAUUUUGCGUGUUCAGGGAGAAAAGAGAGAAUAUCAGAUUCUCAAUACCUUGGAAUUCAAUUCCACCAGGAAAAGAAUGAGUGCAAUUGUGAAGCUUCCAAGUAACUCUGAAGAUGAGGAGCCUAGAGUUCUUCUCUUAUGUAAGGGCGCAGACUCAAUUAUCUACAGCAGGCUCUCGAAGACGAAUAGUUCGACUAUGUUGGAGACCACCUCCCGCCAUUUGGAAGAAUAUGCAACUGAGGGAUUGAGAACUUUGUGUAUUGCAAAGAGAGAAUUGACUUGGUCAGAGUAUUUGAAGUGGAAUGAAAAGCAUCACGAAGCGUCGUCGUCUUUAACCAAUCGUGAGGAUAAAAUGGAAGAGGUUGCCGACUCUAUUGAGAGAGAAUUGACUCUUUUAGGAGGCACGGCAAUUGAAGAUAGAUUGCAGGACGGAGUUCCUGAUUCCAUUGCUAUUUUAGCAGAUGCUGGUAUUAAAUUGUGGGUAUUGACUGGAGAUAAGGUUGAAACAGCCAUCAACAUUGGGUUCUCAUGCAAUUUGCUUGGAAAUGAUAUGGAACUUUUGGUUUUGAAAACUAACUUGACUGAUGAGGAAAAGAUCCAGAAUAAUGUGAUUGCUGGCGAUGAUGACGCAAUGAUAAUUGAAAGAUUAAUUACUAACUAUCUCAAACGAUGCUUUGGUUUGACUGGUACCGAGGAGGAUUUGAAAUUAGCCAAGAAAGACCAUUCUGCUCCCAAUGAAAGGUUCGGUGUUGUCAUUGAUGGUGACGCAUUGAAAUUAGCAUUAGCAGACCCCGAGGUACAAAGAAAAUUCUUACUUUUGUGUAAACAGUGCAAAGCUGUUCUUUGUUGUCGUGUUUCCCCAGCUCAAAAAGCUGCCGUCGUAAAGAUGGUGAAGGACACACUUGAUGUGAUGACCUUGGCUAUCGGAGAUGGAUCCAACGAUGUUGCCAUGAUUCAAGCUGCUGACGUUGGUGUUGGUAUUGCCGGAGAAGAAGGUCGCCAAGCAGCUAUGUCUUCUGACUACGCGCUUGGACAGUUUAGAUUUUUGACCAGAUUACUCUUAACUCACGGUCGUUGGUCAUAUAAGAGAUUUUCUGAAGUCAUUCCAAGCUUCUUUUUCAAGAAUAUCAACUACACCCUUGCCUUAUUUUGGUACAGCGUAUGCAACGAUUUUGAUGGUUCAUACUUGUUUGAUUACACUUACUUGGUCUUUUACAACUUGGCAUUUACUGCUGCGCCUGUGAUCUUGUUGGGAGUAUUUGAUCAAGAUGUAUCCGCUGAAGUAUCCAUGUUGGUUCCACAAUUGUACAGAGUUGGAAUCAUGCAGCAGGAGUUCACCGAGACCAAAUUUUGGAUUUAUGUCAUCGAUGGUGUGUACCAGUCUUUGAUCUCAUUUUUCUUCCCAUACUUGAUGUACUAUUACUCCUUCCAGGAUACCUCCGGACUUGCAGUGGAUCAUCGUUUCUAUGUGGGAGUACUCGUAACGUGCAUUUCGUGUAUUGGCAGCAACUUCUACGUGUUAAUGCAUCAGUACAGAUGGGACUGGGCGUCACUCCUUGGUAUUUCGCUCUCAUGCUUGGUGAUCUUCGGCUGGACUGGCUUAUGGACCAUUACUCCUCUUUCGUCCGAGUUUUAUCACGCUGCCACCGCCAUGUUUGGUAUGACGCAAUUCUGGACAUGCUUAGGCGUAGGAUUUUUAGUUUGUUUACUUCCAAGGGGUCUUUAUGACAUGUCACAGAAGUUAUUCUUCCCCAUUGACAGUGACAUUGUUCGUGAACAAGUCAAGCUCGGAAAGUUUGCUCGGUAUCCCGAGAAAUACGACCCCACUGAUCCCAAUCGAACCAAGGUAAAGCUUCAAGAGCCAACACCAAAAGGCAAGAUUGUUACCCAGAAACAAAAACGAAAAUCAGUGUUCGAUUCGUUUCGCCAACUGGUGCUAGGAUCGUACUACGAUGACACCACUUCAAUUCUUGAGACAUACCAUGUACGGACGAAUGACGUCAACAUGUUGGACAAGGUGGAACCAAUUGCCAUGGAGACCAUUAGCAAGAGAGAGCAGAUCAAGGAGACCAAGAAAGCACGAAGAGCACUGAAUUUCCGGACUUCUCUCGAGCUCGCAGAGUAUCCCACAGCAAGAACUUUAAACUCCAUGCAUGAAGAAAGCUCACGUUUCUCAGAGUUUCAAUAG